AAUCUCGACGUUCCCUUAGCGGCGCUGCCUUAUUAAGUAUCCCAUAAUGCACCACGUCGCUGUCAUGGCUGCUCACUGAUGACACUUGCAGCACAUGGGCAGAAAUCAAACACAUCACAGCGAGCACACGAACCCUUCACAUCUCACAUUCACAGCCAGAGCAGGUCUUGAGCGACGUGACGCGUGUUUCAUUUCUCUAGUGAGGGUUGACGAGGAUGAAGAUGCUGCAGCUCGAGGCGGCGGUUCUGGGUGGACUGAGUCCGGACUGGAAACAGAGCGGCUUCAGCACCGCAGAUGGAGGGUCGUUGCUGCAGUUGGUGUGUGAGGGAGAUUUCGAGGCCGUGCUCUUCAGCUCUGCGGUGCAGGGGCUGCUGGGAGGUGCUUCUGAAGAGGGUGACAGCAUUGAGGCCUAUCUGGAGAGACAGGUGCUGUCUUACCUGAGCGAUGCCACUGAAGACCAGAGGAGUGACAGAGAAACUGCUCUGUUGGCGUUGGCAGUGGGGUGUCUGAACCUUUUCGCUCAGAGUAAUUGGACCGGGCCGCCAGUUGAGCUCCACAUCUCUGAUUUUCUGCCUGAAGCUUUGCUCCAGAAAUUCUCACAGCCUGCGGCCCUGAACAUGGCUGUGUUAUCCAGUCUUCAGCUGGAUGGAGAAUCUGUCUACAGUCUAGUGUCCAACCCCCUCCUGCUGCUGCUGACCAGAGUCAUAUUCAUCAACUGUGGCGCCAAACUGGAGACCCUUCAGCUGCUGCCCUGGUGGACACUGCGAUAUGUCAGUCUGCAUCAGCAGAUACUAGAGGAGAGAUCCCCACAGCUCUUCAGCCUCAUGCUCAGCUGCAUCGAGAAAGUGUGUAAAUAUGAGGAGCUCUUCACCAACAACACACACAAGAACCUGGCCAUUCAGUUCCACCUGGAGUGUAGUUAUACCUGCCUGACCUACUACGAGUAUCGCAGGGCCAAAGAACACCUGCAGACGGCCCGCAGUCUGUCAGGAGUCGAUGUUAACAUGACAGGUGCUUUAGGGAAGAGAACUCGCUUUCAGGAGAACUUUGUGGCUCAACUCAUCUUAGAUGUGAAACGGAAGGACAAUUCACCUGUUCCGAAUUUUGAGAGUCCCUCCCUCACACCAACACCUAAAGAACUCUUACCAAAGGAUCAUCAGUUGAGUGAUGAUACAGUCCUGAACCAGAUUAACCUGGCAGAACCACCUGAAUAUGAACUUCUAGACCUCAACGCUGAGGAACAGGCCCUUAUACUGGCCACUUGCAUAGACUUUCAGAAGAAUAAUCCAGUUCACAAGCUAAAUAACGAGGAGCUCCUGGCCUUCACGACGUGUUUGCUGUCUCAGCCAAAGUUCUGGGCAGUGGAAGUGACAUCACUGUGCCUGAGGACUAAGCUGGAGAGAGGAAGCUCACGGAGAGUUGAGCGUGCCAUGAUGCAAACACAGACCUUGGUGGAUUUCUUUAGUGAGAAGAACUGUCCCGUCACUGAGAGACUCAAGAUGUUCUACACCUGCCGGGCACCUCAUCUCUGGGACCUACAGAGGCAGUUGGCGAGUCUGUUGACUGAUUUGGGCCUGACAAGUUCUGCGCUGCUAAUCUAUGAACGACUGGAACUCUGGGAGGAUGCAGUUGUCUGCCUGGAGAGGAUGGGACAGCACGGCAAGGCGGAGGAGAUUUUGAGGCGUGAGCUGGAGAAAAAGGAGACGCCAUCUCUUUACUGUCUGUUAGGUGACGUGCUGAAGGAUCCAGAGUAUUAUGACCGAGCAUGGGAGCUUUCCAAACACCGCAGUGCACGUGCCCAAAGGUCAAAAGCUCUGCAUCAUCUGCGCCACAAAGAAUUCCAGCAGUGCGUGGAAUGUUUCGAACGCUCGCUGCGAAUCAACUCCAUGCAGUUGGGUGUGUGGUUCUCUCUGGGCUGUGCGUAUUUUUCACUGGAAGGCUACGAAGGGGCCGCCAAAGCUUUUCAGAGAUGCGUUGGACUGGAACCAGAUAAUUCAGAAGCAUGGAACAACCUCUCCACGGCCUACAUCAAACUGAGAAUGAAGGAGAAAGCAUUCCGCACCCUUCAGGAAGCGCUCAAGUGUAAUUAUGAGCGAUGGCAGAUCUGGGAGAAUUUCAUUGCUGUGUGUGUAGACCUGGGCGAGUUCAGUGAGGCUAUCAGAGCCUACCAUCGGCUCAUGGACCUCAAGGACAAAUACAAGGAUGUGGAGGUGCUGGAAAUCCUGGUGCGUGCGGUAGUGGACAAUCUGACUGAUCACCGCGGCGAACAGGCCUCCAAUCUUAAAGCCAAACUGCAGGAACUUUUUGGUCGAGUCUCCGCCCGUUGUAGCACAGACGCCCAAAUAUGGAAGCAGUACGCUCGUCUCUAUGGCGAUGGCCAUAGCAACAAUGUAGAAGACAGCGAAAAGGCACUACAGUUUCUGAGUAAAGCGCAUCGGUGUGAGACGCAGGCAGCUGGCUGGGAAAAAGACAUGGGCAACUUCAGAUCUGUGGUGAAAGGUGCCAGAGAUAUGGCUAAUGUCUCUAUCAGCUGUAGCAGGUCUAAGCGCAAUCCUCAAGAGGCUCUACAGUUGCUGUCUUCAGCUCGACUCAGUUUGAAGAGCCUGGUCACCAAAGCCAAACAGCUGUACACUGAUGUUGCCACAGGUGAACUCCAUGAUGACCUCAGAGGUGAUGUCACUGAGCUCGAGCAGCUCAUCACAGAGCUGCAGGACCUGAGUGCCCAGCUACGCAGCCAAUGAGAAGCCAUAGCACUGUUUUCUUCCUCCCUUUGAUCCUGGAGGACUUGGGUCUUCUGUCGCUUGUUAAAUCAACAGGAAAAAACUUCAAAGAAAGACUUGAAAAAUGACUGAGUUAAAGAUAUUUGUCAUCAUGACCUGAUCCAGGGUCAGCUGUCUUUGCCCUAGUCAGAGCUGGCAAUGAACUUCCUUUGUUCAACAGUGCCUCGUUCCAAUAAAUAGUACACAGUCUCUUUCUUUCAUACAGUAUUUAAUCCAUGUGCUUGUUUUUUGAACUUGUGUAUAUGAUGAUUUAGUCAGUUAAUAUUGAAGGAUGCACAGAGUAGAAUAAAAUGAGUGACAACUGACAGCUAGGUCAAGCAACAUCAUAUGCGUUGCAACAGUCUUAAAGUCGAGACGAGCUCUUUUGAGUUUGAAUCUAGGCCUAGAGUUCGAGUCAAGACCAAGACCAGAAAAGGGUCGUGUUUGAGUCAAGAUAGAGUCUGAAUGCUCCUGAGACUGACAAGACCAAGACAGUGAAAAAGUCUUGAACUCAGGACAGACUCACUGGAUUGUGUAUUAUCAUUUUAACUGUAAGACUUUCCUACAGCUGUCAUAUUAAGCAUAACUCCUCAUUGACCCUCCUCACCCUGUCUCUACUGUCUAUUUUGUGCUCUGCCAAAGGGAGUGUUUCUGAGAUUGCUAUCAUGAUUCCUUGCUGUUAACCUCUGGAUAUGCGCUUCUGUUGGGCCUAUUGUUUUAGUUAAUUUAAAAGACUGUUUACACAAAAUGUAAACACUGACGAUGUUUGCUAUAAUUUACUUCAGCAAUCUUCUUUAUCCACGCUAAACUUAACCCUCGUUUAUUGUAUUUAAUGCAACCUUUAACCUGAGGUUAAAGUUUGAAAAGCCCAUAUUUGAUUAUUUAAAAGUAUUACAGAAAC